GAUGCAACCGGUCGUGCCCGCUCGGCACCGACAUGAGCGCUUCCUGGGGCUCGCCGCGGUGCUCGUGGCUGAUGGUGCUGGCCGCCGUGGUCCUGCAGAGCCUCACCCUGGUGGUCAGCGUGGUCUUCUUCAACAGAGUCCUGCACACGAUGCAGGACAGUUUUUCCGAAGGGAGUAUGUCGUGUUUGACGGACGGCAAUCAUGAGUUCCUGUCCAACGACAAGAAGAGUGACCCCUGCUGGCAAGUCCUGCAACAACUCCGCUACCACAUCGAGAAGGCGAUGGCGGCCAGAUUAGAGAAGGAGAUCGCUUCAGGCAUGACAAAGAAGCUGACCGGCGUCCUUCCUUUCCUACCCGGCGGCCACGUCCGUGCCGACGCGGCCGCCCACGUGACCGCCACCACCACCACUACUACUACUACUUCUUCAUCCUCACGCACACAAGACGACGGUGCGAGGAGCCACAGAGGUUACCUGGGCGAGCGCGUCACGGCUUGGGAAGGACACCGAGGUCAGUCCUUCUUGCACAACGUGGAGCUGAGCGGAGGAGACUUGCUGGUGCAUCGGGCCGGUCUCUACUACAUCUACGCGCAGACGUACUUCAGACUCUCCUCCGCCUGGAACAAGGACCAGGAGGAGGAGCACGACCAGGUCCAGGAGCACGAAGGAGCCCACCUCGUCCAAUAUAUUUAUAAAAAGAUGAGCUCGUACACUGUCCCCAUCCUGCUCAUGAAGUCUUCACGAAGCGCCUGCUGGCCUCAGGGCCAAGAGCCCGGAAUGUUCUCCCUCAAUCAGGCGGGUACCGCCUUCCUGCAGCCAGAUGACCGCCUCUUCGUCGCCGUCGGCAACGCCAGCGCCGUGGAGGCGGACGGCAGGGCCAGCUACUUUGGGGCCUUCCUGGUGGGCUAGACUCGCACUCUGGACCCACGGCCUCCAUCACGGGGUGCGCUCGCCAGAUAACGAGCGUUCAUGUUUACAGUCGACAGACAGCAUGCUAAAAUGAGCUCAAGUGAGAACAAGCCGCUUAUUUUUAACGGCUCCCCCCACAGCUGGCAAGCGGAACUGCGGCGCUCUGUACAAUUGCAUGGCAGGUAAAAGGUGGGCUAACAUACAAGCAAACAUUAAGAGCAGUGGUACCAUGACUUAGAAGUACCAGAACCUAGGCGUUUUUCAAGAUACGAGCUUUCACCUGGGUGACUGUUUUUGACUUUGUGUUGCAGGCAAAAAAAAAAUUACAUACGAGUCAGCUUCAGCCACCAGAUGGCGGUAGCGAACUUCGUGGCGUUGAUCAGUUGAGAAUGGGAAACUGCUGGUUUGUGCUGCAUUUUUUUUUUUUUUUGUGUGUGAGCAAUUUUCUAUGCACGGGUCCUGAGAAAGUGAAGCAGAUACAAGCUCGAACCUGUCCUCCACUGCUAUUAUAAAGCGCUAAAGGACAAUCGAAGGUUGCCACAGCGAUGGCAGCUUUGCUAGCGCUAUAUAAAAUAAUGCUGGCAAUUAAUUGCCGGUGCGUAGUCCACUGGAGAGCAAUAAACACCUCUGUCAAAUAAAUAAAAAAAAAAA